AUGACGAGCGAAGAAGCAGAGGCCCAGCAGUCAUCCAAGCGCGGAGAGCUUGCGCAAGAUGUUGCGGCCUCACAGCCUGCAAAGGACAACGAGACAUCGGUAGCAAAGGCGGAUGAGGCCGAUGCAAUCCAAUCAGUCGUCGACGUCGAUGCCGCCGAUCAGGAUAGCAUCAACAAGCCAAAGCCGCCACGAUCCCCCUCGAAGAAGGUAUACAGGCGAGUCAUACCCAUGGAAGAAGCGCAAAUCAGUGAAGAAAUCGCUAGCCGCAAACGUGAUCGCGAGGGCAGUCUCGAGCCCUCCUCGUCCUUUACAUCUGCUCUGCAAAAGUCGUCACAAGACAACCCAUCUAUGCCAGAUGCGGCAUUGCCCACAAAGAAGAACAGGCUCAUCGAGAGCAGCAGCAGCGGCGAUAGCCCUACAGUUGUGGCGAAGGACGACGAAGCUGCAAGUGAUGAGGGAGGUGCCGUUGCUACUGCCAGCGUCGAGGGCGCACAGGGCGACGGAGGCGAGAAAGUUGGGCAUAUCAGGAGGAGAGUUGAGGAGUUGAGCUAUGAUGAGAGAGAGUCGAAGAGGGCCGAUAUGGGGGAGAGUCACGCGGCUGAGGGCAACGGCGAGGCAGAGAAGGGUACGACCAAGGCAGCUGGCAAAGAUUCCGCCAACGCAGGUGAUCAACCUUCAAAGGGUGACAAUGCCAAGUCAUCCGAGCCACCGGCUCUCCCUCCGCGCAAGGACGCCGCUGUCGCCGCUACCUCUUCCUCAUCAACACCAGCUGCAGCAGCUUCGGCUACUCCCGUGCGCAAACAACCCACCUUCGCCUCCUUCUCAUCGACUUCCUCUCCCUUUACGAGUACUAGCGCAAGAACCGGAGUCUCUGGACCUAGCUGGCUUGCCGGUUCUGGAGCGUCGUCGUCCUCGCCCUCUCAGAGAAGCGCCUCACCUUUCGGCGCCCCGAAUGGCUCAGCGGCGGCAUCAUCAUCCAAGCUAAGCGGCGGAAUGAGCGGCACGACUGGUGCGAUCAAGCCGAGCGCGUUAGGCAGCAGUAGCAGCAGUAGUGCAAAGUCGCCUACAUCGGACACAUCAUCAGUCGGCACAGCCACGCCAAAGGCACGGACUUCGGCUCCGUCAGCAAAGAAAGCAGGCGGUACUCCUAGCUUGGGCUUUGGAGCCUUCGCGGCUUCCAAGCCUUUUGCAUCAGCAGGAGCAACAACUAGCGGUACAUCCUCACCUGCUACGCCGGCACCUGGUGACGAGGCUGCAGCUGGCUCUUCUUCAGCUGAAGGGACGCCUGCAGCCAGCCAGUCAAUCUUCGACCAGAAGCAAGGGACAACAGCGGAUGAAGCAGACGCUGCCGAGUCUAGCAAGAAGGCAAGCGAUACCACAGACGUUGAAGCCACAGCUGGCGACGACGAAGCAGCCACUGGGUCCGCCCCCAAACCCAAAGUCCAGCAGCUGGCCGAGACCGAUCUCGCCACAGGCGAAGAAGGGGAGCGUACGAUCCACAGUGUCCGAGCAAAGUUGUACACAAUGACCAAAGAAGGGUCCAAAGACGGCACGUGGAAGGAACGAGGAACGGGCACGCUACGCGUCAACGUGCCCAAGGAUCUCUACUACCAGCAGCGAAGCCAACAGUACCCGCAGCUGGGGAAGUACCCGAGGCCCUCUGUCUCCGCAUCAGGAGGUAGUGGUGGAGCAAGCGCCGCUCGUCUCGUCAUGCGAGCCGAAGGCGUGUUGCGACUGAUUCUGAAUGUUCGCCUCUUCCCAGGCAUGGGCGUCGAGCUAGCCCAGGAGAAGUUCGUGCGCUUUGUAGCUCUGGAAGGUGGCGAGUCGGGAGGGGCACCAUGUCACUUUGCAGUACGCUGCUCAAACGGAGCGGCAGGCAGGGCAUUGUACGAGGCAGUAAAGGGGCAGAUUCCGGAGGCGCCUGCUAAGAAGGAAGUGGGGGAAGAGGACGGGACAAAGAAGGAGAUGAGCAAGGCUACCGGCUUUGUGAUGAAGGAAACCGAGCCUGAGGGGGACGAGGCUGCGUAG